ACAUGUUUUAAUGUAGUUUGGAAAGUAGCUAUAAGAAACAACAUAACAUCAUUUCAUUUCAUUUCCCUCUGCUUCAUCUAAUUCCAUAUUCAAACAAAGCCUUAAGGCUAAACACUUAUAUAUUUUCAUCUCAUUUCCAAGGACAUGGCUUCACAUGACAAUGAGGAAUGUUUGCCCCCACCACCUUCCAUUGUUCCAUCUCAUGUUAAACCCCUCAAAAUAGAACCAGAGCUGGUUAAGAACAAGGAUCCUCCUAGGGUUCCUAUAGCGAGGCGUGAACUGGGAUCGAAGGGUCGUGCAUUGACUUUGCUGACCAAUCACUUUAAAGUGGAAGUUGCCAACACUGAUGGAUAUUUCUACCAGUACAGUGUUGCUCUUUUUUAUGAAGAUGGACGUCCUGUUGAGGCGAAGGGUUCUGGUAGAAAGAUACUGGACCGAGUUCAAGAAACUUAUAAGUCUGAGCUGAAUGGUAAAGACCUUGCGUACGAUGGUGAAAAAACAUUGUUCACUAUGGGAUCUCUAGCUCAGAACAAGCUUGAGUUUACUGUUGUUCUUGAAGACGUAACGUCUAGCAGGAAUACUCGUAACUUGAGCCCGGAUGCGUGUGGAAGUUCUAAUGAUGUUGAUAGGAAGAGGGUCAGAAGAUCCUUCCGUUCCAAGAAAUAUAAAGUUGAAAUCAACUAUGCCUCCAAAAUUCCUCUGCGGGCUAUUGCCAAUGCCUUAAGAGGGAAUGAAACCGACAAUUAUCAAGAAGCCAUUAGGGUGCUUGAUAUUAUACUGAGGCAACAUGCCGCUAAACAAGGUUGUCUUCUUGUGCGCCAAAAUUUCUUCCACAAUGAUGUUAGGAAUUUCAAACCUGUGAACGGUGGGGUACUUGGGGUCCGAGGGCUGCAUUCCAGCUUUAGAACAACACAAAGCGGACUUUCUCUAAAUAUAGAUGUGUCCACAACUACGAUUGUCCAGCCCGGGCCUGUUUUGGACUUCUUGCUCUCAAAUCAAAAUGUGACAGAUCCUUACCAUCUUGAUUGGGCUAAGGCCAAAAGGACUCUGAAAAAUUUAAGGAUCAAAACCAGCCCUUCAAACCAAGAGUACAAGAUUAUUGGGCUGAGUAACUUGCCUUGCAAGAAAGAAACAUUUACUCUGAAGAAGAAAGGGGGUGGAGAAGAUGACUCAGAAGAGAUCACUGUUUAUGAUUAUUUCGUAAAGCGACGAAAUAUUGCUCUGAAGUGUUCUGCUAACUUUCCGUGUAUUAAUGUUGGGAAGCCCAAAAGACCCACUUAUGUCCCAAUUGAGCUUUCUGAUCUGGUUUCCCUUCAACGGUACACAAAAGCCCUAUCCACUCACCAACGGUCUUCUCUUGUUCAGAUGUCGAGGCAGAAUCCUCAACAACGGAUGAGGGAUUUGUCCGAUGCGCAGAGAACCAGUAACUACAGUUCCGAUCCCAUGCUAAGGAACUGUGGCAUUUCUAUAACUACUCGGUUCACACAAGUGGAUGGGAGAGUUUUGGAUGCACCAAGGCUGAAGUUCGGAAAUGGUGAAAAUUUCAAUCCCAGAAACGGGAAAUGGAAUCUGAAUGACAAGAUAAUUGUGGAACCUGUCAAAAUAAGUAAGUGGGCUGUGGUGAACUUCUCUGCUUCUUGCGAUUUGCAAAGGCUUGUGGAUGGUCUGAAAAAAUGCGGAAGAAUGAAAGGAAUUCAAGUUGAAAGUCCUUUCGGUAUGUUUGAAGAGCAAGAUCAGUUCAGCAGUUCAUCACCCGUCUUACGUGUUGAGGAAAUGCUUAAGCAAGUUAGGUCCGAACAUCCUAAGGAGCGGCCUCAAUUUCUCCUCUGUGUGCUUCCUGAGAAAAAGAACUCAGAACUUUAUGGUCCAUGGAAGAAGAAGAAUCUUGUUGAGCAUGGAAUUGUUACUCAGUGCAUAGCGCCUGCUAAGCUAAACGACCAAUACCUGACCAAUGUUUUAAUGAAGAUCAAUGCUAAGCUUGGUGGAAUGAAUUCUCUGUUAGGGAUUGAACGUUCUCCAUCCGACCAUAUUAUAUUUAAUGUUCCGACUCUAAUUUUGGGCAUGGAUGUUUCUCAUGGUUCACCUGGUCAAGACAUUCCAUCCAUCGCUGCGGUCGUAGGCUCAAGACAAUGGCCACUGAUAUCUAAAUAUAAGGCAUGUGUACGAAGUCAGGGUUCUAAGGUUGAAAUGAUUGACAAUUUGUUCAAGCCUGUGCCUGGUCCAAAGGGUACAACCAAGGAUGAAGGAAUUAUAAGGGAACUUGUAAUGGAAUUCUAUUUAAGUUCUAGGAAAAUACCAAAAAAUAUUAUCAUUUUCAGGGAUGGUGUGAGUGAGUCUCAGUUCAACCAAGUCUUGAACAUUGAACUCGGCCAAAUCAUUGAGGCCUGUAAAUUUCAUGAUGAAAGUUGGAAACCCAAGUUUACUGUUAUUGUUGCCCAAAAGAACCAUCAUACAAAGUUCUUCCAACCUAGAUCUUCCGACAAUGUGCCGGCGGGGACUGUUGUGGACAACACCAUUUGUCAUCCUAGGAAUUAUGAUUUCUAUAUGUGUGCUCAUGCAGGAAGCAUUGGGACGAGUAGGCCAACGCAUUAUCAUGUUCUGUGGGAUGAGAUUGGCUUUUCUACCGAUGAUCUACAGGAGCUUGUCCACUCUCUGUCCUAUGUUUGUCAGAGGACCACCACUGCGAUAUCUAUAGUUGCUCCAAUCUGCUAUGCGCACUUGGCUGCUGCACAAGUUGGACAGUUCAUGAAGUUUGAGGAUAGAUCUGAAACAUCAUCCAUUCGCGGUGGAGCAAACGCUUCUCCUGUCCCAGAGCUUCCAAAGUUACAAGAGGAUGUCUGCAAUUCCAUGUUUUUUGUUUGAAUGAAUGUGGAUAUUAAGUUUUGCUGAACAAAAAGCUUGCAAACACUUGUUGACACAUGCUUUCACAUGUGUUGUAUUGUAUAAUUGUAUUCUUAGCAGCUAGUUUUAAA